UUUUACUCUGACUUUCAGUUGGACUGUUCUGGAUUUGUGCUGCUUUUCAGACAAUAGGAGUUAAAUGUACUUCUGAAUUACUGAGGGCUGAGAAGGAAAAUUUUAUAUUACUAGAAAACACUAAAGCCUUCAUUCUUUACGCUCAGGGAACUUUAAAUAUAAUCUACAUAUAGAAUGGCAAACAUGGGCAUUGAGAUUUUAGCCUUCAUCUUGACAAUUUCUGGUUGGAUCCUCAUCUCUUCCACAUUGCCUAUUGACUAUUGGAAAGUCUCUUCCAUUGAUGGCACAGUAAUUACCACUGCCACGUUCUGGUCCAACCUCUGGAAAACUUGUGUUACUGAUUCUACUGGAGUCUCCAACUGUAAGGACUUCCCAUCUAUGCUGGCCCUUGAAGGUUACAUCCAAGUCUGUAGGGGCCUCAUGAUUGCAGCUGUCUGCCUUGGAUUUUUUGGAGCCAUUCUUGCCUUGGUUGGAAUGAAAUGUACCAAGAUUGGAGGAUCAGAUAGAGUAAAGGCCAGGAUUGCUUGUUUGGCAGGAUUACAUUUCCUUCUUGGCGGUUUGUCUUCAAUGACUGCAUGCUCUUUAUAUGCUCACAGGAUUACAUCUGAGUUUUUUGAUCCUACAUUUGUUGCACAAAAGUACGAAUUGGGAGCAGCUCUCUUCAUUGGAUGGGCAGGCUCUGCGCUUUGCAUUCUCGGUGGUGCUGUUUUCUGUUUUUCAAUGUCUGAAGGUGGAACAACAACCACAAGGGUAGGGUACACCUAUAGUGGAGCAGCCUCCUUUCUGUCCUCAAGAAUAAAACCGCAGCAUGAAGCAGCAGAUGUCCGAUCAAGCAGAGGAAAAGGAAUUCCACCCAAACAGUUUGAUAAAAACGCCUACGUUUAACUCCACCAAAUAAAAGAAGAAACCCAAAGAAGAUAGCGAGGUGCUGUACACAUGGCAUUGAUCAGUUUAUUUUGGUGGAAAUAUGAAAUGGACCGCAGCACAUUGUUUGCUUGCUUUUUUUAAAAAGAUUUUUUAACUGACUGCCAUUACUAAAUCAUUCGUAAAUAUUAAAAUAUAUACAGUAACUAAAACCUUAAAGCUCGCUAUUUGUGAAAUGUCAAUAAUGGAUUACUGUAUGUUUGUGUAGGAUGAUCGUGAUCAUUUGACUGUUUUUUUGAACAAAGUUAUUUUUGAAUAUUUAGAAUAUGUCAUUAUAUUUUAGCAUAAGAAGUUUAAAUCAUCAGUCGGCACCAACAAAUCCUAUAUGGUAGAGUAUAGAAAUGUCACUUAUUGAAUUUUACUGUUAUUACAUCAUACAUGUAAAAAUGCUUGUUUGAUUACUAAAAUCUAAAUUCUAAAUUUUGAAGAGCUGAAUUAAGAAAUAUUAGGGAAGCAAAUUUUAAAUUAAUGUAUAUAAAUUCCUAUGUGUAGACAAAUGAGACUUACUAAAGGUGACAUAGUGUGGAUUUGUGUGCCAGCCAAAAUGUAAAAACAUGAUUGCUUAUUAACAAAAACAAGAGACCGAUAAUCAAAAGCUGAGUAUAAGAAAUCCUGUAAACAGUAAAUCAGAGCAGACCCUUGAUGCCCCACCAGGUCUGAAUCUUGUUCCUGACUAUCAGAUGGAUUAGCUGGUCCACAUCUACACUUAACAAAUGCCCUGCACUUACUGAAUUAAAAAAGAUCUUCAUGCAGUUUGAACCUUUGUGAUGGUCCGGGUUGGCUAUUCACAUUCUGGUUACUUCCAAGAGCCUCUUGAACCGAGAACCAUUGACAGUUGUGAACCGCAAGGUUUUGGUGCAAAAGUGCCAAAUGCUUUUAUUAAAAUUCCACAAACAAAUAGCA